CCCCAGUAGUAGCAGCAGCCAGCAGCAACCCAGCAUUAGCAAUGCACACCACCACCACCAGCAGCAGUUCCACACGCACACUCCUCACUGCACCUCUGCGCAGCCGCGCCCAGCUGCUCCCGCAGCACCUCCUCAGCAGCGCCUAUUUGCACCGCCAAGCCCCGACGUCGCCGGCCGCCGCCACCAGCCACGAGACCCCCGCGCUUGCUCCUCCCGCGCGUCACACGCCUGCGUCAGGCGCGCACGCACAGCUCGUGCGCAGCCGCCCACGCAGCUCCCCGCUAGACGCCGCCCAGGAGAAAGAGGAAAGAGACUCCGCCGCCCCGAUUCAGCUCUCCACCGCCGCUAAUUAGGCCCGGAAGCCAACCUGCUCUGAUGCCAUGUUGGAAUCGCUGGACAAUCGCCCUAGCUACAGUAACUCGCAAGAAGCAUGGACUGAAGAUUUCUCUGGAAGUUCCUUCUUUCCUCUCUCUGUACAGAUAUUUUACAGCAGCACACUCUUACAAGUAACACCCUCUUGUCACUCCAAUAUCUAAACUACACCCUUCAUCAAAGGCCUAACAACAGUGAUCAAUAUUUUUGUUUACAUUUUGUUACCAUGAUUCUCCCUUUUCUGUGUGUUUUGCUUCAUAGACUCUCCAUAUGCAUUUUUCUGGAGUAAAUUGAGCAGCCUUUUGGAAGCAUUUCUCUUCUUUUGAAAAGACUAAGUCGGAUAACCAAGGAUCCUUAUAAGAUGAUACGAUGGAGGACCAUGCUUGCUUAUUGUCUUUGUUUCAUUGCACAAUAAAUUUCAUGAUUUGGUUUUGAAUUCGCUCAAACUUGUAACCUUCACUUAAGCUUCCCAUACCAUUUGAUCAGAUGCCCCCUCUUGAUUAGACUUAAGUUCUUAUGAACACACCCAUAUAGUGGAUUAAGCACUACCACAUCUUUUAAGAUUCAGUAAUUUGUAUUUAUUCUGUGCCAAUUAGAUGAUCAUGUGCCAUACAAAAUUUUCUCCAACAUUAAAUUUUACUUUUGAAAUCACCACAGAUCAUAGGAAGGCAAUUCCAUGCAGAAGAAUGUCAAAGCGCCUACAGGAGAAACAGAAGGCUGAUCAUGUUUCAGAUGAGAAUUGCACUGAAGCUUCUCUGUGCAUCUUGUCAACGUCUAAAUCUUCAGGAUCAGAUGAUGAGCUAUUGCGCAGCACUGUAAAACUUUGCAAAAGCGCUUCUAGUGGACCUACUUGCUCAAUAUGUAAGAGUGGAGCCGGCAGCUGUCUUCUGAUCCAGUGCCAGAACACAAGCUGUUCUCGUAGCUUCCACACCUUCUGUCUUAGUCCUCUGAUGCAAGAUAGUAGAGGCACUUUGGAAUGUCCUCUCUGCAAAAUCGACCAAGCAUCCUUGGCUAAGGGGACGGAAGUAUAUGCCUUAAAAAAGGUCCAAACACUUGUUGGUUGCAGACGGGUAAUUCUUCAGGAGUCAGAUUUCCAGUAUCAAAUGCUCGUGAAAUGGCAUUCACUUUCUCAUCAUCACGACUGCUGGGUUCCACUUGAUUGGCUUCGUGUUUUUGAGCCUCAACGAGCACGAGCCUACAUAAGCAAGAAUACCUUACCUAAAGAGGCAUACUUGGAGGAUCAAAGGAAACCUGAAUGGUUUGAAGUAGAUCGUGCCAUUGCAUGCCGCCGGAAGUUUGGUUAUGAUGGUUUAUGUGACGUCCUGGCUAGUUUUGAUAAUAAUGCAGAUUUUGAGGGAUACGAGUUCCUCGUGAAAUGGAAAGGACUUGACUAUUGUGAUGCUACAUGGGAGCCGUAUUUCACGGAAGGCGUGCCAUCAGCUGUUUCUAUGCUUGUCCAAAGGCAUAAAAAUACUGUACGAAGCCCGAUGAACAUUGAUGUGAUGGUCCCAGAAAAUGCACUAUACAAUUACCAGGUUCAAGGGUUACAAUGGAUUCUUGACAAUUUCAAAUCUAGGAGGAGCGUUAUUCUUGCUGAUGAAAUGGGUCUUGGCAAAACUGUCCAAGUUGUUUGCUUUCUCAACCGCAUAAUCAAGGGAAGUCUGACCACAUCUCCUGCAUUGGUCAUUGUUCCCAAGAGCAUCCUACUGCAAUGGGAAAAGGAAUUUGAUCGCUGGGCACAUGAUCUUAGUAUUGUUGUUUACCAAGGAGAUAAGGACUCCAGAAAGUGUAUUCAAGCUCAUGAACUGUACUCUUCCAAAGGGAAGACUCUGUUUGAUGCUCUAGUGACAAGUUAUGAGAUUGUCCAAAUUGAUAAAGCAGUUCUAAAAAAGAUUAAGUGGUCAACGAUUGUCAUUGAUGAGGCUCACAGAUUGAAGACGCUUGAUUGUAAUCUUGCAUCCUGCCUAAAGAAAUUUAGCUCAGAUUUCUGGUUGCUACUUACAGGAACACCAUUCCAAAAUAACGUCCUGGAGUUGUUUUCAUUGCUUCAUUAUAUUGAUCCAAAUGAGUUCUCUGACCCAAAGGAUGAUCCAUUGUUCUCACCAAUUGAAUCUGAGCGGGGUCUGACAAUAGAUGAAAAAAUUGCCCGCAUUCCUGAGAUUUUAAAGCCUAGGAUGUUGAGGAGAUUGAAAGCUAAUGUGCUAAAAGAUUCUAUGCCAACAAAAAAGUGGGUAGAAGUUCCGUGUGCGCUCACAGAUUCUCAGAGAGAUCUUUACAUUAAUAUUCUAGAGAAGAACUACUCAGAGUUGAACAGUGCUAUUCAGGAUGGUACGAAGCGUUCUCUGAACAACGUACUAAUGGAACUGCGAAAAUGCUGCAAUCAUCCGUAUUUGUUUACAGGAUUGGAUGUUAAACAACAUGCAGGAGAAGAUGUUCUCCAAUCACUAGUUUCUGCAUCAGGGAAACUUCAACUCUUACAGAAGUUGCUCCCAAAAUUGAAAGAGAGAGGGAACCGUGUAUUGAUUUUCUCCCAGAUGAAGAAGAUGCUUGAUAUUCUCGAGGACUUCCUUUCUUUCCUGGGAUACACAUAUGCACGCAUUGAUGGACAGACAACACUCUUUGAGAGGCAGGAGAGCAUAAAAGAAUACAACAACGCUGAAAGUGGAACAUUUAUUUUCUUGAUGUCAACUCGUGCUGGUGGUAUAGGUAUUGACCUGCCUGGUGCUGAUAGAGUAAUUAUAUAUGAUCCAGACUUCAAUCCAUUUAUGGACUUGCAAGCACAGUCCAGGGCUCACCGGAUUGGCCAGACCCGACCGGUGGUUGUUUACCAGCUUAUCACAAAAUGUUCUGUUGAAGCGAAGAUAUUGCAGAAGUCUAAGCAGAAGCUGGCCAUUGAAAAUAUUUUAAUGAACUCUUCCAAGAAGCCGCCAAGUGCAGAUGAGCUGAAGUCCAUUCUACUACAUGGAGCCAAGAUAAUUCAGGACAAAAAGGAGAUUAAAGCUGUAUCAAUCCAUUAUGAUGACGAUGCCAUUGAGAAUCUCCUCAAGCUAGACCCUUCUAGUGAUGAGAUGUGCACUAAAGAUGGCAACGGUUAUCUCGGUGGCAUCGAGAGCUUUCCUCAUGGUGCCGAGGACGUAGUACCUCCCUCCCCCAAGGUUGAGGAUUUAAAAGUAUUCAAGCCUGCCACUCCCAAGGUGGAUCUUGGCCGCGGGAGAAGGCACAGGAACGUCGUGAAGUAUUUCGAGGAGACGGACAAUGAAGACAGCGAUGACAUCUACGCUCCAGAGGCUUCCUCCGAGUCCAGUAGCUCUUCCUCUGAUGAUGAAACAGAUGAAGAAAUUCCUGAAGUAGCACGAGCUAGAACUGAAAUAGACAUGAAAGCUGAAACAGUGAGCGUUGUGAAGCCAGAAGUAGCUCCCAUUCCUGGCAACCCCUUUGACUUCCUCAGAGUCAGAGUCCGGCAGCUCUUCCUCGGAUGAUGAAAUGGAAGAGGUUAAGCCUAUUGUAGCAGGCGUGAAGCCUCAAGCGUCCGGCAGCUCUUCCUCAGAGUCAGACUCCGGCAGCGCUCUUCCUAGGAUGAUGAAACCGAAGAGGUUAAGUCUGUUGUAGCACCUGACAGUUGAUGCAGAAACUCAGGCUAGUCGUCCAUUCCAGGGCCUUAAGGGACCCUUUUGUAUAGGAUUAUCUAUAUAACUGCUUAAGUAGAAUUAUGUGGCUGAUUUACAUGCCGACUUCUUUUGGGGCAUCUGUCCAUGUAUGGUGAAAACUGACGAGUGAUGGCACCUUUAUUACCUUAUUUAUGGUUGCUGAUUGUUA